CCUUGACGUUACGCACCGCUCAGCAGUGAGUCUUGCGCGGCGGGUGCUAGACCCUCUUGCAGAAUUCUGCAAGAUUCCACCUGCGUCCCUAGGCGUGGGCCAGUAUCAGCACUCCUUACCUGAAAGGAUGCUACAGGCGGAAGCGCAGCGUGCUUUCGAGGCUUGCAUCGCGGAGGUCGGUGUAGAUUUGAACACGUGCAGCGUUGAGCUACUCCAGUAUGUUCCAGGUAUUGGGCGUCAGCGAGCUGCCGACAUCGUCGCGGCGAGAACGAAACAUUUCAGGAGCAGUAGCAGCGGGAAAAAUGGGACGAACCAGGCAGGGGCAUUCUUUUAUGCUACAAUUAAAACAAAAGAUAGAGACAGGCUUUUAGUCAUAUAUAUAUAUAUAAUAUUUAGACGCAGCGCAAACAAUUCUAAGAAAGUGUUUAAUAAUACCGGAUAAGUGCGGUGGUGCUUUUACAGAGAACGUUCUGGUUCAGUUGUUUUAUUAGCGAGGGAAUGUUCAAAUGAUAAAGCUAAGCAUAAAAGCAUGCUCCAUCACGUUCUGUAGCUGGAAACGCGUACUAUAUUAUAAUCUUCUACUCUAAGCAAUCGAGUCCAAGGUCGAUCUGAUGAAAAAGGUAAAAGGUAUCGGAGUCAAAAUCUUUGAGCAGUGCAGUGGUUUUGUGUACGUAAGCGGUACAACAGCAGAUGUAACUGACCGCACGCCACACAUUCAUCCUGAUCAAGUUCCCGCAGUUCGCUUGUUACAAAAAAUCUUUGGUGGUACAGACCUUCCGCACUUUGACAAAGCGAAACUGCCACAAGUGCUUCAGCAGUUAACCACGCCUUCUGGACAGGAUGGCGAACACGAAAGUCAAGUCUUCCUGAAUCUGCCGAAAUCGUCUGGUCCAGUUGAUGGCGGAUCUUCUGUUUCUUCUGCUUGUGCGUCUAAUCUAGUAGUUGUAGCGGAGAAGGAGACGGGCAAAGGAAAAAAGUCGGCUAGCACAAAGCCCAUGAAGUCAGCCAGUGCUAGGUCGGGGGCUCCAAAGAAGGCUUCUCAAAAGUGUCAAUUUGUUUUCGAUUUGGCCACCCUGGAAGAGCUAUGUCAGCAGCUAAUUCCUCCAGAAAGAGGGGGACGAGCCGGCGUUGAUCCUCGAUGGAACCAGCCUCGACCGGUGCUUCGCGAUCUCAGUUCGAGACAUGGAAAUGCUGCACAAGGGACCACCAAUUUUGGUGCGUCAUGUAGUAGAGGCAGGGGUUAUAAUAACAACUCGUACAACAACAACUCGAGUGGUGCAGCACCCAGUACUACUACUUCUAGUGGCGGAGCAGGAGUUGCUAGUUCUGGCAUGACAACUGGUGCAUCAUCGAUUCGUACGAGGAAUGAUGAAGGCGUCGGGUAUAAUUAUACGAGGAGUACGAGGCCGGAUUACGGUGACAGAAGUAACAAAAAGCGGGGAGAUCCGCAGGAUUUGCAAAGAGGGGACCCUCUUGAAGGAGUUGUGCGCAACGUUACACAAUUUGGCGCAUUCGUAGACGUGGGAGUCGGUAGUGACGGCCUCAUCCACAUCUCCAAGUUUCAGGGACGGUCUCUGCAAGUAAACGAGGUGCUGCAGGUAGAAGUAGAGAACGUCGAAUGGAAAGGAGGCAAGUACAGGAUCAGUCUUUUCCUGCCCUCCCCGUGACCAGAGGAUGGCAUUUGCUUUUCUUUGGCAUCAGAAUACAGAUAUGUGUCUGGCGCGGGGUGUUGCAUGUGUCAGCACGUCGGAUUCUAGAAUCGAUUCGUCAUUAAUCUUUUGUGACAAUUGCCAUUCAUCAGUCACUGGCUCUGCGGUACAUCAGAGAGUCCAGGAAGCUCGAUCCCCACUUUCAUGCGGAGAUCCCCUUGAUGUCAUUUCGAACUACUGGUCAAGAUAUGCCUCGUUUCACAGGCAUGUAAGAAUUUCUUGUUGUUGUUGUUGUAUCCAAUUUGACGACUUGCGAAUGAAGCUUUGUAAUUGUACCGCCUACAUAGGCAAGGAUACAUAGGAAGAUGACGAUGCACUGCAGUGCGUUUUGUAUCUGAAAGAUGCCUUCAGCAUUCUUGACGCCAUCAAACAGAAAGCAAUAUUGAUAAAGG